UUUCGGCGGCCGAAAAAAGAUAGAAAUAAUAGGAGCUCCGUUCCCGCUUCAGGCGGCCGUGACAGAGAAUUCCUUUCCUUUGCUUUCCUUCGCAGAGUAGCAUUAGCGGCUUUCCAAGUUGAAGACCAGACUCCUGCAAUCAAUUUAUCCAAAAUCUCUUUUAAAAUUUUCUGAUUCAUAUAUUGUACACUGUCAACACUCAACCAUCAACAACAAUGUCAAUUAACCUAAACAACAGUUCGAAUACAAUUACAGAUGAUAGCAAUAUUAUCAUCUUGCCUCCCAGGAAAAAGAAUAAAGCCCAGAAAAAGGUCGAUGAUAGGGACAAAGUUAAAUUGAGUAAAUCUCAGAUAAGAAAGCUGAAGAAGCUACAGGAGGAGAAAGAGAAAGAGUCUCUCUUGCAAGAAAGCAUGCAAACCUUAGAGAAAUACAAGAUUCAGGAUGAUGUGUACUCACUUCUGUCUUCGUCGCGAAAUAUUGGUCAGAUAGAAUCUGUUAAAGAAAAACGUAGGAAAUCAGUGCAAUUCUCUAAAAUGGGGCUAGUACAAGUAUUUGCUGCCAGUCCUUCCAAGGAAAAGAGCAUUGGUGUCUCCAUAGAGGAUGAAAAUGAAUAUGCAGAACCAAUUGUGGAAGAGGAUGAAAAUGAAUAUGCACAACCAAUUGUGGAAGAGGAAGAAGAAAAAACGGUUAUGCCUAUUCUGUUGAGCUCAUCGAAAGAGUCAUCUGUUGAAUGUGCUGUAAUUGAGGAGAUUGAGAUGGCUGUAACAGUCCAGGGAGUUGAUACUGUGAAGACAGAAAUACCUGAGCAAGAAGACAUAGCUAACCAACCAAUGGAUGUGGAAUUAGACAUAGUGCAGAAGAAAGAUACAAGGGAUAUUACAAUUAGUUCUGAACCGAGGGUUCCAAGAAUCCCAGUUGUAGUGUUUGUAGCAAGACCAAAAGAGGUAGAAGAGAAAAGAAAAGAUCUUCCUGUGGUGAUGAUGGAACAAGAGAUAAUGGAAGCUAUAAAUGAGCAUUCUGUUGUUAUUGUUUGUGGUGAAACUGGUAGUGGCAAGACUACCCAAGUUCCACAGUUUCUUUAUGAGGCUGGAUAUGGUUCGAACAGGCAUGAUGUGUGUGGUGUUAUUGGUGUAACACAGCCACGACGUGUUGCUGUCCGUGCAACUGCCCAACGGGUAGCUUUUGAACUUGGUGUCAAGCUAGGAAAAGAGGUUGGUUAUCAAGUUAGGCAUGAGAAGAAACUUGGUGACAGUUGCCGCAUCAAGUUUAUGACUGAUGGUAUAUUGCUGAAAGAAGUGCAGAAUGACAUCUUAUUGAAGAAGUAUUCAGUUAUAAUUUUGGACGAGGCUCAUGAACGGAGCUUGAAUACCGACAUACUUAUCGGAAUGCUUUCUCGUAUCAUACAACUGCGCCAGAGUUUAUACAAGGAGCAACAACAGAAGAUCUUCUCAGGAGAAAUAAUAAGUUCUGAGAAUCAAAUAUCUCCUUUGAAACUAGUGCUGAUGAGUGCCACCUUACGAGAGGAGGAUUUCAGUUCCGAAGGAAGGAUAUUUAGUAGAUCCCCACCUAAAAUAGAUGUUCAAGCUAGACAAUAUCCAGUAACUAUACAUUUCUCUAGGAGAUCUGAGUUAGUAGAUUACAUCGGGGCAGCAUAUAAGAAGGUUCUGGCAAUACACAAGAAGCUACCACCAGGUGGCAUACUCGUCUUUGUUACUGGACGAGCAGAAGUGGAGCAUUUAUGUAAGAUUUUGCGGACAGCGUCUAAGAAAAUUCUCAAACGUGAGGGUGGUUCAACUGCUGCUGACAGCCUCACUAAGGAAAACGAUGAAGCAGAUGAGCCAGAUGAAUACGAAAUAAGUGAUAGAUUUGGUUUCGAUGAAGAUUGUGAUGAUUUAGAUGCUAAUGAGUCUAAAAUAUCUGAUUAUGAUGAUACAGAUAGUGAGGUAGAAGACAUUGAUACUUUACAUGGGGAUGAGACCCUUGCUUCACUGAAGGCUGCUUUUGAAGCAUUAGCUGGAAAUACUACAAUAUCUCCAGAUUCGACUGACGAGAAGAUAAAGGUUAUUCCGGAAGGUUCCGUUGAAAAAAAAAAAGUUGUUGGGGGAAUGCAUAUUCUACCUUUAUAUGCGAUGCUUCGUGAGUCAUCUCAGAGUCGUGUAUUUGAGGAGGUUAAGGAAGGUGAACGCUUGGUUGUGGUGGCUACUAAUGUGGCUGAAACCUCUUUGACAAUUCCAGGCAUAAAGUAUGUGGUUGACACUGGAAGAGAAAAGGUCAAGAAUUAUAACCCUUUGAAUGGAAUGGAAACGUAUGAUAUACAGUGGAUAAGUAAGGCGUCUGCUUCACAGCGUGCAGGGAGAGCUGGUAGAACAGAGGCCGGUCAUUGUUAUCGUCUCUAUUCUUCCGCACUCUUUUGUAAUCAUUUUCCCGAAUAUUCAAAUCCUCAGAUUUCAAAAGUGCCAGUUGAUGGUGUUGUUCUCGUCAUGAAAUCCAUGGGUAUCAGUGAGGUUUCAAAUUUCCCGUUUCCUACACCUCCUCCACUUUCCGCCUUGAGAGAAGCUGAGCUUAGCUUGACAAUUCUUGAAGCACUUGAUGGAAAAGGUAAACUUACAUCAAUGGGGAAAGCUAUGGCUCAGUAUCCUAUGAGUCCUCGUCACUCGCGAAUGCUUCUCACGGUUAUCCAAAUCAUGAAAAGAAAACAAUUUUCCAGAGCCAGGCUAGUUUUGGGAUACGCAGUUGCCGCAGCUGCAGGUUUGAGUUUGCAGAAUCCAUUCAUUAUGCAUUUUGAAGGAACAAAUCAGGAUAACAACCCUAAAGAUUCUUCCGCCAAGGGAGAAAAGUCAAGAAAAAAGAAGCUAAAAGAAUCCAUCAAGGCUUCACGUGCAAAAUUUGCAAAUCCGAGCAGCGAUGCUCUAACCAUAGCUUACGCUCUGCAGCGUUACGAGCUAUCCGGGAAUCGUGUAGAGUUUUGUGAAGAAAAUUCGUUGCAUCUGAGGACGAUGCAGGAAAUGUCGAGUCUGAGGCAGCAGUUACUCAAUCUAUUGUUCACCAAAAAGCAUUCUACUGAAGAAUUCUCAUGGAAUGAUGGGACCAUCGAUGAUGUGGAUCGAGCUUGGAAAGUUCCUUUCGAUAAGUGCCCACUAAAAUCGAAUGAAGAAGAGCUCUUAGGUCAAGCUAUAUGUGCAGGUUGGGCCGAUAGAGUUGCUAGACGUGUAAGAGUGGUUUCUGGAUCCGAGGCAGACAGGAAAAUCCGUGCAGUUAGAUAUCAAGCUUGUAAGGUAGAAGAAACUGUUUUUCUUCACGGUUGGUCAUCUGUUUCAAAAUUGGCUCCUGAAUUCUUAGUCUACAACGAGCUACUGCAUACCAACCGACCUUAUAUACAUGGAGCGACAAGUGUGAAACCGGAUUGGCUCGUUAAAUACGCCUCCUAUUUUUCUACAUUCCCAGCCCCGUCUGAAGAUUCAUUACCUUACUAUAAUCCUGUGGCUGAUGAAGUCUAUUAUUGGGUCAAUCCAAUAUUUGGCCCUUAUAGAUGGGAGCUUCCGUUAUAUUGUUCGCCAAUAAAAGAUGAUGAAACACGAGUUCGUGCGUUUGCUUUCUGUUUAAUGGAAGGUCAUGUUUUGCCAUGCAUGAGAUUGGUUAGGGAGUUUAUGGCUACAAAACCGGCUAACAUUUUGAAGGCAGAAGGUUUGGGGCUUAAGCGGAUUGGGGUUCUUCUAAAUAAGUUGAGGAGCAAGAGGAGAACUAUCGAUAGCUGCGCAAAAUUGAGGCGGGCGUGGGAUGAGAAUCCGAGAGAAUUAUAUUCGGAAAUUCUGGGAUGGUUUCAAGAAGGGUUUCAAGAUCAGUUUGAAGUUGUUUGGACUAAAAUGCUACAUGAAGCUUCCUUAAACGCAAGAGAACGAUUUCCAAAGAGGGCGAGGAGAGUUUGAUGAUGCAAAUUAUGUGGGCUAACUACUAGUCGCUAUGAGCCUGACUUCAAUUUUGGCACCAAAUUUUCCAUUUAUUUGUUUUGUUGUAAAACAUUGUGAAACUAUUUAAUUAUUAUGAAAUAUUGCUAAGUUAAGUUAGAAAGUGAAACAUA